UCCUCUUCAUGGCAUCAGUUCCUGGCUUCUUGGCUUUUUUCUGUGGUUCUCUUGGUUUCCCUUCUCUUUCCAUUGCAUGCUACAUGUUUGUGUUGCCAAGCCUCUUGUUCUUAGGAUUGAGAGUAUGGUGCCUUGGGUUUCGCUUCCAGGAGCUCGAUAUGUUUCUCAGACUGAUCCCAAAGGUACCCAUGAACUGGAAGAAGGAACUGUGUACUAAUGGUGGUGUUUGUGCUGCUUGCGGCACCAAAAUUGGAACUCGGAAGCCCUCUCAACCUGAAAGAUCAAAGAGAAAUAACGUAUGCUUGCUUGAGCUGGGGAGUAGAAAUUGGACGAUCAGAAAUGGUUUCAAAGAUUUAUCUGAUGAAGAAGGGGAGAAUGAUGGACUCCAGGGAGAUGGUACAGUGAAGUUAAAGGAGAAGAUUGCAGAGGAAAGGAAGCUUCGGACCCCGGCGGUUUCUGAACCAGAGAAGGAGAGGGCAGCAGCUUCACCGGCUGCCGACGAGGCCAUGGCCAAGAUUGCAAAGCUACAGAACGAGAAAGGACUGAUUGAGAGAGAAGCUCGGCUGUACCGCGAAAUGGCAGAGCAGAAGCAGUCGUAUGAUGAUCUGGUGAUCGAAACUUUGCAUUGGAUCAUCAUGAAACUUGAGGCAGGGAGAUCAGCCGACAUAAUGAGAAACACAGUGUAG